AUGUCUCGUCGUUCCUCUUCGGGCGGCCGAGGGCAUCGAUCCCUCGCAGACGACUUUCCCCUUGAAGAGGCACGAGAUCGUCGACCAAGACCACCACCUUUGCCUUUCCCACCAAAUGCACCUCGAAACCGCGGCCAUCUCCAACAGCUCUUGCAAGCCACCGGGACCGUCCCAUACGAGACUCGCAUCGUCACUCCCACCAGCAAUCCCUACCAGCGCCGCCCAGAAUCUUCACCGCUCUCCAGAAGCCAUGGCACUCGCAUCGUCGAGCCCGAUGACAUGACCAUGGCCAACGUUGAUACUGACGAUGAUUUUGACAGAUUCAUCGACGACCUCGAAGAGGCAGAUCUGCCAGGAUUUCCCAGCAGCUUCAACGCUCGCACUUCUCCCAGUACAGGACUACGCGGACCUCCGCCAUCCCCAACAUUCUCCGACGACGCCAUGGAUUCAAUUCAAUUCCCGCCGACGAUGCCGCGAAACAGAGGCGUAGACGAUAUACCAUUCUUCCGUGAUGAUCGUGCUCCUGGCCUGGAGCUCGAGCGAGAAAUGGAAGCUGCCCUUCCCGGUCCACGGUUUCGAUUCAAUCCCGCUGAGAUGGAAACUGAUGAAGAAGACGACUUUGAUCGGAGGUUCGGUCAACCCGCGGGCAACGAGCCGCUGCGACUAGCAGACGAUCUUCUCCAACAAGCGACCACGCUCGAAGCACGAAUCCGUCAAGGAGCUCGACUUGAUCGCUUUGGACGUCAAAACCUACGCAUUGCCCAAGAUUCCGUACGCGAUGCGAUUCAAGCGCUUGCUGAUCCAGCCCAACAGGCUCCUGGUCCGAUCAUCUCCAUCGAUGCUCUAUCCAGACGAGAGAUCACAAUUGCCGACCAGGGUGAAGAUGGCCAUGCGACUUGUUCGAUCUGUCAAGAACAUAUUGACGUCGGCACUACAGUCACGCAGCUCUCCUGUCGACAUUGGUUCUGCACGGAAUGUCUCGAGCCUUGGCUGCAUCGUCGAACUUGUCCAUCCUGUCCUUUCUCCUCUGAUGACUUCGAGACUGCAUUGGCUUCAAAUUUAAGGCGUUCGGUAAUGGGGCACGACUGCUUUGGCUUCAAGCUCGAGGCAUUCGCACCGCGCAUGAUUUACAAUAGGCAUGGGAUGUUUUCGGCCGGAAGCGCGUUUCAGACGCAGCUAGGACCACUUGGCAAGUACUGUAACUCCCAUAAGAGAUAUCAAAAAUGGAAAGCAAUGACCUUCCUUCGCUUUCACCAAAAACCUUCGAUCCUCUCUUCUCUAUUCUAA